AUGGCACGCACCUAUCCUCACGACAAAGCAGUCAUGCAGGACCAUCCACCCGCCUACACCGAAGCCACAGCGCCAGGCCGAGGCCCAGGCCCAGCUCUAGCACGCACUCCUUCAUCCACGCUCUCAACCCCAGCAACCCCCUCCCUCUCAAGUACGCCGCGGUCCAUCCGAAAAGGCCACGCGACCUCCUUCGCCAUGCUCUCCCUCUGCGACAGCGACAAACUCCGCUUCAUCCGAUUCCCCGAACCCCUCACAGCCCUAGCCUCAGAAGUACUCACAGCCCUAUGGCCCAAGGGAAUCCAAACCGUGCAGAAAUACGACGAGAGCCUCGAGUUCAAGCUGAAAGGCAACCCACUCGGCUACGGCGGCGAUAAAGAGAAAAUCGCCAUCCGGGUAACACUCAUGGGGCUGCUUGAUGCGUUCGCGAAGGAGGGCUGGGUCGUUGUCCCGUCUGCAGGUGGCCGGGUCAGUCGGAUGGGCGAUUACAAGAGCUACGGGCAGGGCGAUAGUCUGAUCUUCCACCGCCAGCAGCCGCAGGUACACUCGUGGCUCUGCAUAUCCUUCGACAGCUCGGACUUGAUUCAUCUGCUUAAUGCACCGACCGAGCUUGCGACUAGUCUCAUUUCCUCAUUCGGCGACCGCAUCGAGAAAUGUAACAAGGAUUUUGUGUCGGGGACGUUCGAGCUGAAGGUCAGGGGAAAUCCGUGGACAAGGAAUAGCGGGAAGGGCGCUGUGCAGAGCCGGUUGCUGGCGUUGGAUCUCAUGCAGAUUCUGGAAGAGCAGGGGUAUAGCAUGGCCACGGCGCUGGAUAUUGACCAUGGCGAUGGGGGGAGCGAGUAUGAGAGUAGUGGGGAGGUGUGGUUUUGGUAUCGCUGA